AUGGCGUACCUUCCGCUAGCGCCAGCCCUUGUCGAGAUCCCUGCCGGUCAUGACGCGUAUGAAAGUAUUGAGAGACAAUUUUGGGGAAAUUGGCUUCAUCACUCUCAAAAACCAGAGGUCAUUAAGAUCUGGAAGAUCUUCGGGAAGAAAGUCUACGUUGACAGAUACAUGGCCUACAAGGAUAAGGUCAUAAAGAGUUCAGGUUAUCCCGACGGUAACGCUAAACGGAGGUGGCACGGAACUACAAGGACAUGCCGCCUCGGAGACACCAGUUCCCACAGCCAGAUCUGCAAUGACCUUCGAUGCUCAUUGUGCAGCAUUAUCGAGACGUCUUUCGACGUCGUAAAGUCUGGUAAGAAGACAGACUGGGGCCGGUUCGGGAGCGGGAUCUACACGUCAUCCACUUCCUCAAAGGCGGAUUCCUACGUCCAUGAACUGGGAGGCUCGCGAUACUCCACGAUGCUCCUUAACGCGGUCAUUCUCGGACGAAGCAAGGAGUUGACCGAGAAUAGUCCGGACUUGAAGCAGCCCCCAGCAGGUUAUCAGUCUGUGACGGGUGUGCCAGGACACGAUCUCAACUACGACGAGUGUAUUGUAUAUGAUAACGAUGCCAUUAGACCGAUGUAUCUUGUCGUGUAUCAGGAUUGA